CGUAAAGAUAGUCGAUAGUUACUGAGAUAGUACGCAACAGCAAAGUCUGAUGCAGAAAGCGAAAGGUCUUUGCCCAUUGCAUAGAACUGGCUGUGCUCACUGUUGCAGGACACACGGCAGCAAGAAAACCCCCAAUGCAUGCUGCACUGCACCCUGCAGUCAUGUGAGUGCCCUCCCGAUCCGGCAAAAACCAUGAGAGCCAGCCCUAAGCCAGAUCGGGAGAUGACAAUGAGAGCUCCCCGUGCCCCGGCCAGGAAGGGUACCUUCCUCUCUUGGCCAACUUUCCGCUGCUACCAUUGCUACAAAUCAUACCAUGCAAUAUUGUAACACAUAUAUAUGAAGCUCCCCAGCCUAGCUCUCAUCCAAACCACCUUCCCAGCCCCAAAACUUCCCCCCUUUACUGACCCUUUACUGGCAGAACCCCAUCAUGUACGACGUGAUCGUCAUUGGCGCCGGCUUCAGCGGCCUCCAAGCGGCCUACUCCGCCCAGCAAGCCGGGCUCUCAGUUCUCGUUCUCGAAGCCCGCGACCGCGUCGGCGGCAAGGUCUGGAGCGUGCCGCUGGCCUCGGGACGGGGCUGCGUCGAGCUCGGCGCCGCCUGGAUCAACGACACCCUGCAGCCGCGGGUGUGGGCGUAUGCGCAGCGGUUCGGGAUGAAGGUCGUGCAGCAGCGGCUGGCGGGCCAGGCGGUGAUGGAGCCGAGCGGGGAGGAGCGGUUUCUAUUUCCGUUCGGCGUGACGCCGGAGUUCAGCGAGGACGAGAAGAAGAGCCUGGAGUCCGUCCGCGACCACAUCCAGGCCGAAUCGCUCAAACCGGGGCCCGUCUCCGUCGAGGACGACAGCAUCACGUUGGAGGAGUACGUGCGCAACCUCGGGGCGCUGCCCAGGGUGGUCCAGAUGGUGAACCUGUGGGCGCAGGUGAUGCACGGGGUGGAGGCCAGCGAGGAGUCGGCGGGGUGGUUUAUCGACUACUGUCGUCGCAACCGGGGACUGUUGGCUGUCCGUGCGGACGACGCGUCGGGGGGACAGUAUUUGCGCUUUCAGGAUGGCGCCCAAACAAUCGCCACCCGCCUGGCAGCCCUGAUCGGCCACCAAAACAUCCACCUCUCGACCCCCGUACAGGCCAUCCACGACCACGCCUCCCACGUCACCGUCACCGUCACUACAUCCGAUAAGAAAGUCUACACGGCCCGCAAGCUCAUCCUCUCCCUCCCCAGCACCAUGUACAAAGAGCUCACAAUCACGCCCCCGCUUCCCCCCGCCGUCCGCACCGUCACCGACACCACCAUCCUCGGCGACUACAACAAGGCCAUCAUCUGCUACGACACGCCCUGGUGGCGCGCCCAGCACUUCAACGGGUACUUCGCCAGCUACGCGGGGCCCGUCAUCUUGGCGCGGGACACCUCUGUCGACGAGAAGCGGCACUUCUCGCUGACGUGCUUCGUGAACGGGAACCCAGGGAGGCAGUGGAGCCGGCUGCUGCCGCACGAGCGGCGGGCGGCGGUGCUGAAGCAGCUGGCCCGGGUGUUUGGGCAGGACGACACGUCCGAGGUGUGGCGCCCGAUCGAGAUGUUCGAUCAGAUCUGGCAGCAUGAGCGGUAUAGUCGGGGCGCGUUGGCGCCGAUCACGGCGCCGGGGCAUUUGGCGCGGUACGACGAGGUGUAUGGGCGGGCGGUGGGGAAUGUGCAUUUCGUGGGGACGGAGUAUAGUGCCGUCUGGAAGGGGUAUAUGGAGGGGGCGUUGUGGUCGGGGGAGAAGGGGGCGGAGGAGGUGGUGCAGGCCUUGAGGGGGAGGGGGAGGGGGAUGGGGAGGGCGGUGUUGUAG